AUGUCUGAUUCGCAAGGAGGCCACUCGUCUGGACUACCCCUUGACUCGAACCAACAUAGUCAGGCACAAAACAUCAUCGACGAGACCUCCGCGACACACGGCAACACUACUCAGUCAAAUCUCGAGGCCAACAUAGAAUCCCACGACGAGGCGCUUAAGGACAAGGUUGACGGCGCUGUAAGGACCGGCCCGAAGAAAGCCGACGAGACUACCGGCGGCAGAGUGCAAGUCGGCGAAACGGGCGACUUGCACGAUCUUGCUGCAAAGAGGCAACCCUAG